AGUGUCUGUAUAGGUAGCUAGGUAGCAUGAAAGAGCUGAAAUUGAAUGUAGUAUAACUUGCUGGUAUUGUCACCCGAUAAUCUGUGAUUGAAGUUUGAAAAUGGAGGAUGAAGCAGAGAUAUACGACGGGGCUCGAUCUCAAUUUCCUCUCUCUUUCGGCAAGCAAUCGAAGGCCUCAAAACCUCUCGAAGCUAUUCACAACGCUACGCGGCGUGCUUCCUCCUCUACCGCCGCCACCAUCUCCAAGGAUGACCAGUCAAGCGGCCGGAGCGAUUUCCCUUCCCUAUCCUCUUCGUCCAAGGUCUGGAUCGAUUCCCACAAAAACCCUAGCUCUCGCAAAACUGCUACUAGCGCUGCUGGUGGUGUUAUCAUCGGACCAUCUAGACCGCCAGCUGAAUUUAAUGGAGUGAAGAUUGGGCCUCCCAGACAGUCGCUGCUGGAGACGGUUGAUGAAGAUGAUCGGCUGGUUGGACCGCCUCCUCCCCCGACCAUAUUUGAAGAUGGGGACGAAAUGAUUGGACCGCCACGUCCUCCUACAUCUGGCAUGAUGCCGGAUGAUGAAGAAGAGGAGGAGGAGGAGGAUUCAGAUAUUGAAGAGCAGUCCUAUCGAAUUCCACUCAGUAAUGAGAUUGUUUUGAAGGGUCACACUAAGGUUGUUUCUACACUUGCUAUUGAUCAUUCCGGAUCUCGGGUCAUUACAGGUAGCUAUGAUUACUCUGUCCGCAUGUUUGAUUUCCAAGGAAUGAACGCCCGAUUGCAGUCCUUCAGGCAGCUUGAACCAUCCGAAGGCCACCAAGUACGUACCCUCAGCUGGAGCCCAACUGCAGAUAGAUUUUUGUGCGUGACUGGAUCUGCUCAAGCUAAGAUUUAUGAUCGUGAUGGACUUACAUUGGGAGAGUUUGUCAAAGGAGAUAUGUAUAUCCGAGAUCUUAAGAACACCAAGGGCCACAUAACUGGACUUACGUGUGGGGAGUGGCAUCCUAACACUAAGGAGACUAUCUUAACAUCGUCAGAGGAUGGCUCACUUCGUAUAUGGGACGUUAAUGACUUUACAAGUCAAAAACAGGUAAUCAAACCAAAACUUGCGAGGCCCGGAAGGGUUCAUGUUACAACAUGUACUUGGGAUCGAGAAGGAAAUAGUAUCGCUGGUGGUAUAGGUGAUGGCUCCAUACAGGUAUGGAAUCUGAAGCCAGGUUGGGGAAGUAGGCCAGACAUAUAUGUUGAAAAAGGACAUUCAGAUGAUAUCACUGGACUCAAGUUCUCUAGUGAUGGCCGACAUCUAUUGUCGAGAAGCGUCGACAAAACCCUUAAAGUAUGGGAUUUACGCAAAAUGAAGGAGCCACUUAAAGUUUUUGAGGAUCUUCCUAACCAUUAUGCGCAAACAAAUGUCACAUUUAGUCCCGACGAGCAACUCUUCUUGACUGGCACCUCAAUAGAAAAGGGUAAUGCAACUGGCAGUUUGUUGUGCUUUUUUGAUCGAACAAAACUUGAACUUGUGUCAAGAGUCGGAAUAUCACCUACUUGCAGCGUCGUUCAAUGUGCCUGGCAUCCAAAGCUAAAUCAGAUCUUCACGACAUCUGGAGAUAAAAGCCAAGGAGGAACUCAUGUACUUUACGAUCCAACUAUUAGUGAGAGAGGAGCUUUGGUUUGUGUUGCACGUGCCCCAAGGAAGAAAUCCAUGGACGAUUUCCAGAUUCAACCAGUCAUCCACAACCCACAUGCACUACCUUUGUUUAGAGAUGAACCAAGUCGAAAGCGUCAAAGAGAGAAAAUGCUAAAAGAUCCUCUCAAGUCUCAUAAGCCCGAACUUCCCAUGACGGGACCUGGCCACGGCGGCAGAGUUGGGACCACUCAAGGAAGUUUAUUAACUCAGUAUCUUCUCAAGCAAGGUGGCUUAAUAAAGGAGACAUGGAUGGACGAAGAUCCAAGAGAAGCUAUUUUGAAGUUCGCAGAAGUGGCAGAGAAAGACCCAAAAUUCAUUGCUCCUGCCUAUGCAUCUACGCAGCCAAAAACCAUGUUUGCAGAAUCAGACUCUGAGGAGGAUGAUAAGUGAUGUUUAUGAAUUAGUCUUUUACAAAUGAUGAUACUGAAAGAACUGGCUCUAAUCAAACAAGUCUCUUGAUUGCUAUAUAACAUGAGAACCGUGGGUCGCCUUUGGUUCCGGAAAUCUGGUUGAGGCCACGAGGGAUAUGGUUGCGGUUUUGUAUAGACGUGAUGGGAUUUAGUCUCUUUCAGUUUCUAAUGCAUUUCAAAAAUAAAAUAAAAUAAAAUAAAAAUGUUUAGAUAGUUUAUGGGGGUGAGAAUUGAAUAUUGGUUGGUUGGCCCAGUUAAGGAUGGUUAGUUAAAAGAUUGUUGUUAUGUUUUGUUCACAUUUAAUUCAAUAGAGUAUUUGUCUAGUUUCGUU